UGGAGACUGGUGCAUCAGAUGUUCUGAUACUUCCAGCGAUCAGACAUGAAGUUCCUGGUUGUGGUAGCAGCGGUGGUGGCGUGCGCUGGUGCUCGCUCCAUCAACGCCGGUUGGGUCCUUCCGGCAGGCAACAUCGGCACCUCGGGCAUCCUGCGCAAGGAUGGCUCCACCGAUCUGUUCAGCCAUGAGUUUGCUCACAGCAUCGUUUCCAUCGGACCCUCUGGCAUCAUCAUGAAGAACGGCCCACCCGUUCAGCUCGACGCCGACCUCAGGAUGGUGGGCCGCAGCAAGCGCUCCACUGCUGGAUUAGUCAAUAAUGCUGGCAACAUCGGCCGCUCCGGAAUCGUGCGUAAGGAUGGCACUAUUGAACAGUUCGGCCACAAUCUGGCUCACGACAUCGCUUACUUUGGCCCCAGUGGCAUCAUCCUGAAGAACGGCCCACCCAUCCACCUGGACGAGAACCUCAACACGAUGGGCCGCACCAAGCGCCAUAUUGUAGGAGACGUCGGCAUGAUCACCGACUGGGGUCAGAUCAUCCAGUUCAGGGAGCCUUUCACCACCAUUGUCCACGAAGGCCCUAGUGGCAUCGUCCUCUCCGACGGCCAGAACAUCCAGAAGCCAGCUUUGUAAAAGAUGGUCCAAUCUGACAACAGGAAGAAUGACCGUCGCUUUUUGUUAAAGUCUGAAUUCUGUGAAUUUCUAAGCAAGGAGGUUUUGCGAAUAUGGCAGAUAGGAUAAGGCACUAUAAUAGUUAUCAAAAAGAAUAAAGACUCUUAAUCUUUAAA